UUGUAUUGUACAGCAUAUCUGCAGUUAUAAUAUAGGAGAAGAAGAUUUAGACGAGCGGAGGCGGAAGUAUCAAAGUUGACAUCGCAACGGCGACGAGGAAGAAGAAAACCAACAUGGCAGGCAGUUCAACCAAGUCAGUCUUAUUCGUUUGCCUGGGGAAUAUCUGCAGGUCCCCUAUCGCUGAAGCAGUAUUUAGAAAGAUGGCAACAGACGCUGGUGUCGUUGAUACGUGGGUCAUAGACAGUGGUGCAACAUCUGACUGGAAUACAGGCAGUUCUCCGGACGCCCGUGGUCUGGCCUGCCUGAGGAAACACAACAUUGAGACAGACCACAGGGCCCGACAGGUGACCAAAGAUGAUUUCAUGGGCUUUGAGUACAUCCUCUGCAUGGACGAGAGCAAUUUAAGUGACCUGAAAAGAAAAGCAAACUCUGUGAAAAACUCAAAGGCAAAGGUUGAGCUUCUCGGUGCUUAUGAUCCUCAGAAGCAGUUGAUCAUCAGAGACCCUUAUUACGGAAGCGAUGCCGACUUUGAAAUGGUGUAUGAGCAGUGCGUCCGCUGCUGCAAAGCUUUUCUGGAGGCAAACUCCUAACUUAGAGGAGAUGAAACAAUUCACAAUAAUUCUGUCAAACAAAUAAUCAAUUUAGAGCUUCUUGUGUUUUGUGUCACGCAGAUGUAAACAGACUUCACCUGUUGACAUCAUGUUGAAGACAUCCGUGAAUGUUCUGUCCUCGUAGCUAAAAAUCAUACAGAAGCACAUGUGCGUCUAUUUAGGAUGUUGUGGUGUGAGUCUGUUCACUAUCUGGAAUUUUAGGGAAUUAAUAAAUUUAAUUGAACAAAA